ACUUCGUGUUGCAUACCAUACCAUCGACAGUUGUGCGCAGAAGUCAUAUUAAAAGCGCGCUAGACAGACACUGGCAUCUAUGCACGCACUUCGAGAGUGGCUCGGCUCUUCGCCUUCAUAUAAAUAGCACGUACGCGGCCACUCACAAAGCAAAGAGCAACCACUUCACUUCCCUCAUUCCAUCAGUCAAGAUUCGUUUUCAAUUUGAAAUCACACGAGCCGAUAACUCCCGCAAAACAAUGAGUUAUCAGCAAAAGUGUGUACUGGUGACGUUCCUGCUGGGUUUUUGGUGUGAUCCGAGUUGGGCCGCCAAGACGCCGCUGCCGAUCAUGGCCAUCAACCCAGGUGGGGCGUGGAUAGGCUUCGAUAAGUCCAUGGAACUCGCCUUAAAUGACAUCAACCAGCACGAAGACAUUCUAGUCGACUAUGAGCUACAGCUAUAUGUCAACCACACAAACCCGCAGACACCUACCCUGCCCAACUCGGGUAACGCCGACUACAUCAUAUACAGCAAUUUCUACGACGGGCCAGACAGAGCUAUGCCAUUCCUACUGGGCGGCUUCUACUCCGAGGAAUGCUCUGUCCUGUGCCGGGCCGUGGCUCGCUUCAAUGUCAUUGAGAUUACCUAUGGAGCGGUAGCGCCAAGCCUUUCCGAUCGCACAGAGUGUCCGACGUUUUACCGUACCGUGCAGUCAGCCUCCCAACAAAAUGUUCCCAGGCUGCGCCUACUUAACAAAUACCAAUGGGACCGCGUCGCUAUCAUUCGGUACAGCAAUCUUGUCUUCAGUUCGGUAAUGGAAUCUUUGCGUGAUCUGCUUAAUGAGCAUAAUGUCAGCAUCGUGGCGAACGAAAUGUUUGAAGAUGAUCCGGCUAACCACGUUGCAUAUCUUAAGGAGCGUGACGCCCGUAUCAUCAUCGGGCUGUUCUGGGAUGCACAAGGAAGGCAGGUCUUUUGCGAGGCCUACAAGCAAGGUCUGUACGGCGCCCGCUACGUCUGGAUCCUGCGGGGCAUUGGCUACUUUGCCCCGGACUGGGCGAUCGCGCCCGACCCGGAUAUAACCUGCACUGCCGAUGAGAUGAAACAAGCCGUAGAGGGCGUCAUCGUCACAAAUUGGCAAUUCCUUCCGAACAAUCAGGACGAAGCAGUUACUGGAAGGACUCCAUCCAAUUUUCUUGAAACCUAUAACGAGUACGCCGGCAAUGUCUCCUUCGGGGACGCCGGUUCCCUCUCGUACGACGCCGUGCUCACGGCCGCUUUGGUCCUCAACAAAUCCAUCGAGCCGCUAAAACUUGUAAACAAAACCUUGGAGGACUUUACGUACGGUGACAAGGAGAUGCAGCAGAUCUUCAUGGAAGUCAUGGACGACUUGUAUUUUGUGGGCGUGUCGGGUCCAAUAAGUUUCUCUGAGGACGGCGACCGGGUGGGACAAUUUAGAAUCGAGCAGAUAACAGAUGGUUUUGCCAGAACAGUGGGGUACUUCCUAUCCCAUGACGACCGAUUUGAGUGGAUCGAUGGUGGAAUACAUUUCGCCAGCGGUAAACCUCCCCACGAUGAGAUUCGACGAGAGGAAAGGCUGGUGAUUAUCUCCCCUUCCGCGUUUGUUGCUAUUUGCGCCAUGUGUGGUCUGGGCAUCGUACUUGCGUGUGCCCUACUCAUCUUUAACAUUGCCUUACGAAAGCAAAGAAUCAUCAAACUGUCGAGCCCCAACAUCAAUAACUUGAUCAUCAUGGGAAGCCUCAUGACGUACAUCUCGGUUAUACUAAACGGGCUGGAUCGGGAAAAGGUUGGGGCUGAGAACAUGGACCACGUCUGUAGGGCCCAACUUUGGAUGCUCUCCCUCGGAUUUACCCUAAGCUUCGGCUCAAUGUUCUCCAAGACGUGGCGCGUCCACAGUAUCUUCAUGAACAAGAAACUGGAGAAGAAGGCUGUGAAGGACUACCAGCUGGUCACAAUGGUAGGCGUCUUCAUUGCUCUUGAAAGCGUGUAUCUCGGUGGUUGGGAGAUCAAACCGCUGGUAGCCGUGUUGAGCGAUUACGAGGCACAGGCGACAAUCGAGAAAGACCUGAUGCUGAUACCCGUCGUUCAGCGAUGCCAUCGUCACGGGGUCACCGACAUCAGCUGGCUGGCUGGUGUCUACAUAUUCCAUGGAAUUCAGCUCGUCUUCGGCCUCUUCCUUGCAUAUGAGACCAGAAAUGUGACGAUCCCGGCCCUGAAUGACUCUAAGAACAUCGGCAUGUCCGUCUACAACGUCUUCAUCUUGUCUUGCGUGGGCGCCAUCUUUAGUCUGCUGAUGGACCCGCUGAAAACCCAGACUAUUUUCCUGGUGACGUCUUUGUGCGUCUUGGUCAGCACAACUACCACUUUGCUCAUUAUUUUUACACCCAAGAUCAUCGACGUCAUCAGAAACCCAGGUGGCUCCAAAGUGACAACCAUGCCCACGACCAUGAUGCCUAGUAUGACCAACCAGUCAAUCCACAGGGAAGGGCCGACAAUGACUGAAGCAGCGCCCACUGGCCCAUGGAUGACCGGCACUGCUGGUCCGGCACACCGCUGAAGAGCUACCAACCUGUUGAGGAAAUUGGGCCUUGUAGGCCACAGGCUUUCAAAGCUAGGCCUGCGUCUAUACUGUCCGCAUGGUUUAACCUAGCGUAGCUGUAAUGGGCGAAGCUUCGACCGAGACAAGAGAUUCUCUUGCUGCCUCAAUUUUCAUGCGCUGUCAGUGCGAAUUUCGAGUUCCACGCCUGAAAAAGUAUAUAUUUUUGUAAGGAUAAGUUACCGUUACAUGAUACUAGCAAGUUUACUUCGGUGGCCAUUGUUUGAUUUUACUAUGCCUUGGGGUGUAUUCUUAAUUGGUGCUAGAGCAAAUAUGUAUGUAUAUAUAUAUGUAUAUAUAACGGGGAGAAAGCCAUUCCUUAAUUAGUAUGCACUGAUGUUGUAUUUGAUUAGAAAUUUAGGUUCACACUCUACAAACUCCCUGGUCAAAUUGACCCGGCAGCAAAUAGUGUUUGUGCAUCUUGGCAAAGUCAUUGACCACCAUACGCAUGCGUGAAACAUAUCACGUGAACAAAUAAAUAUGUCACCUGAUUCGGAAUAAGUUCUUAUAGCUUAUAUUCCUCGGUGGUCAGUGUGUUGCGUUAAAUCAUAUGGUUUCGAAGGCUGAUGAUCGAUAAAAAAAAAUUAAAAAAACAUUUUUUUCUCAUUCUUGAUUCUGGAGGAUUUUUUUUUGUUUAAAGGGAAGUUAAGUCCGAGAACCAUCCCGUUACCAACCGACGCAUGCGCAUUAUGGUUAUAUUGGUUGCAGAAAAGUAUUGCGACCCGGAAUCUGGGGUACAUUGGGCUUCACCCUUUCCCGGGUCAGAACUGAUACUGUUCCGGGUUAAAACGACUUUUGUUCGUGUGAAAGGUUUCCGGAUCAAUAUGACCUGGAAAAUUGUCAUUUUUGACCCGGAAAAGGGUAUAGCCAAAGAGAAUCCGGAUUCUGGGUCGAUCUAUCCAGGGCCUUUUUAGAGUUCCGUUAAUUGCCUUUAAUGCCUUGUUAUAUUGUCCAAUAAAAACAAAACUAUCCUGAAAAGAAAA